UUGCCAGAUCCCGAUGAGUGAGGCCAAUGAGGAGAGGAUGGCCGUUAUAGGUUCCCUAGGAUUCUUUCGAUCCAAAAAGAUGCCCCAGGGCAUAUCCGGAGCCCCUGCAAUCUUCCGGCGGGGCAUGAGGAAGACCAUGGAGGAUGUGGAGGUGUUCGAAGUUUUGGCGUAUGUGGAUGACCUAGAUUUUGGAUUCGUCUUGGGGAACUAGGAUGCGAGGUGAGUGGUGAAGCCAAGGUGACAAAGAGUUAAAGAAUUAAAACUUUCUUUGGAUGAGUGCCAGGUCUAGAGAAAGAGGCAGUUCCGGGGAAAAGCGACCGAAGCGAAGUGUAAAAUGUGGAGUAGUUUUUGGCCGGCGGAGUUUGGUGCAAUCUGAGAAAAAUGACCCGACGUACCAGUUGAACUUCCUGGUGUUGGAACAGACGGUGGUGGACCUGGGGAUGGAAACCCAGGUCGUCAAUCGGAAUGAGACACUGGGGAGAGAGGGGGUUUGCACUGCUGAACUGAGUGCUCAGAAAUGCAGGCUGGAGACUGAAUGCCGCACUUUUAGAACAAACUUUGAAGACUUGGAGUCCACGUUCGUCGAUGUGGAGAUGGAGAACCGGAAUUUCAUGCAGAAACUGGCCACUUACUGAUGAAUUAAUCCAGAAAAGAUUGGAAGACUUACAAGUUGGGGAAGACCAAGGAAGCUGUCUGACUAUAGCCAACAGAAGACGGAGAGGAGAGUUUGACUACACUUCAGAGGAGGUGAAGCAAUUGAGGACAGGUCGCGGAAAAGGGAAGCGGACGCUUGAAGGGAACCUGAAGAUGACCAUCGACCAUUUAAGUGAAGUGGAAAAACUGAAAGUUGACCUGGAAGAAGUCAUCAGGAAGAAAAAAACUGGUGGUGUAAUUGCGUCCCAGAUUGAGAUGGCUAAGAAGCGUGAGUUAGAACUGCUGAGACUGGGGCGAGAGUUGGAGGAGUCGGAGAAGAAGCUGACAUCUCGAUUACAGGAGGCUGAAGAGGCUGCAGAAGCAGUCCAGGCCAAGUGCUUCAGUUUGGAGAAAAUCACACAGCAGCUACCGAUCAAGGAAAUGAGGAAGAAUACUGAUUCGAAGGGUGAUGUGCUCGACAUGUGCACCAGAGAAGAAACCUAAAUGGGUAGGCCUUGGUUUGUGUUACGCACUGUUGUCCGGUGUAUUCUUUUCGCUCCUUGCUCUGCUGGUGAAGAAAAUUGAAGGAGUCCAUGCUCUGGAAAUCAGUGGGAUUCGAUGUUUAUUUCAGUGGCUAUUUACAUUCCCAAUUAUUAUCUACAACGAAGUGGAUAUUCUGGGACCAAAAGCUUUGAGACUGUUGCUUUUCCUACGAGGACUCCUUGGAGCUACAGCCAUGAUGUUGUUCUUCUACGCUAUUCAACAGAUGCAUUUGGCUGAUGCCACUGUCAUUAUGCUCAGCAACCCUGUCUUUGUCUCCAUAUUUGCUUGGAUUUUUCUGAAGGAAAAAUGCACUUUGUUGGAUCCCAUCUUCAUCAUUUUUACUUUGGUCGGGGUCGUUCUUAUUGCUAGACCACAGUUUCUCUUUGGCACUCAAAAUGUGGGAUUUGAAAGUGACUACAAGAAUCGCAUCAAGGGAACGAUGGCUGCUUUCGCAAGUGCACUCUGUGCGUCAUUGACGUUGAUCGUGAUCCGCAAAAUGGGCAAAUCUGUAGAUUAUUUCCUCUCCAUUUGGUACUACUCGGCAAUUGGAUCGAUCCUAAGCAUGACUGUGGUUUCGAUAACUCGGGAAUGGAGCUUGCCCUCCUGUGGGAUGGAUCGAGCAUUUUUAAUCCUGAUUGGCCUACUGGGGAUUGGAGGGCAAACCUUUCUCACAAAAGCUCUGCAGAUAGAGAGGGCUGGCCCUGUGUCUCUUAUAAAGACAACAGAAGUAGUCCUAGCCUUUAUAUUGCAGUAUUUAUUCCUAAAUCGCUCUCCUACCUGGUGGAGCCUGGGAGGAGCUAUUUGUGUAACAAGUGGUACCAGUGGAGUUGCUCUUCAGAAGUGGUUCACUAGCACCAGGAAAGAAAAGAAAGAUCAAAAUUAACCAAAGCUCCUUGUGUUUGAAAAUGAUGGAGAUCUGCUCAGGAACAUAGCUAAAAUUUGAAUGUAGUUGCUUGUUCAUUGAUUGACUUUCUGAACACUGACUAAAUACUCAAAAUCAUAAACCACACUUUUGACAGGAUAGUCAACAAUUAUUUAAAUAAUGUGUAUUUGAAUUGAAAAUUUUGUAAUAAUUUGAACUUCUGUCAUUUAAAAUCAAGUUGCAAUAAUGCUGUGUAAGUGACUGUGUGAGAUUUUGCACUACAUGCAGAGUUUGGAUCCUGGAACCUGGCCAGGAACUCUGUUAAACCAAAUAUGGUUGAACUUUGAUGCUGUUGCCUUUGAGUCAGGAGGCCAUGGGUUCAAGCCUCUCCCCAAAAACUUGCAUACUGUCUGCACUAAGAGAGUGCCUUGUAAAUGAGGCAAUAAUCUAAGGCCCUGACUGCCCCUUCAGGGAUAUAUAAAAAAAACACAAAAGAUCUUCAUGACACUCCAAAGACAAACCAAUUAAUUAACUUCUCAUUCUGUCUGGAUCAUUAUUUAUCUCAAAUCCAAAAAAAAACACGAAUGCCUUGUUUAUUUAGUUUCUGCUUUGGAGACCUUGUGGUGUUGUGCCACCAGUGACUACAUUUCAGGGAACUCCAUGGUUGUAAAGCACUUUAGAAUAUCCUGGAGUUAUGAAAAGUAUGUAAUUUAUGUACAGUUUCUUGCUUUGUAUCCAAAUGAGGGCUACUGAGUAAUACUGAUCACAUACUUGCUGUGGGUGACAGCUUCAUAAUGCUUUCUUUACACAAGUUUCUAAAACUGCAUUUUAGACUUUUCCAUUAAGAUGUGCAGUUUUAUGCAAUAAUAAUUAAUAGAAUAUUUAUUAAAAUAUUUGAUAGAAGAUUUAAUUUUCCCAUUUUGACAUUUCAAUUUAGCUUACUUGAAGAUAAAUUAAGGUUAAUAAUUUUAUGUGGAAUAUUUGUUGGUAUAAUAAAGGUUUUUUGUUUCUGUUGAACAAUCAUCAAGCAACAUACUGUUUUAUCAACCUACUAAUUGAUGGUAUUGCCGAGAGAUUUUCUAUAAUAGAUCCAAACGGUAAUUGGAACAGCUGAGUAUAUACUGUAGUUGGUUUGAUCUAUAUGGAAUACAAAAUGCAUCAGGCAAUAUGGUACAUCAAUCUGGAACUAUAGGCUGCACAUUAAAGGAUUAUUAAAACUGAAAAAUGAGUAUUAACUACUUUUGA